AUGAGCUUCUUCAGUUCGCUACAGCAGUACGUGACGAGUGGCGUCGCCGGGCUUGGGCUAAAUCCGCGGAGGUUUUCCCUCUCGCGGCAGGAAUCCGCCGAGGGCUCCUCGGGCCCAUCCGGUGGCCAUUCGUCUUCCUCGUGCUCGGUCACCUCACCGUACGGCAGUGGCGGUGGUGUGUCAGGUGGUAUGGGCAGCAUGGGGCACAGCCCAGGGCCAAGCCCCGGAGGUCCCGGAAGCAGUGGCCAAUCCGGAAUGUGUGGUCUCGGUUCGAGCGGUUCGGCGGCGUGUGGCACCGGUGGAGUGGGACCCGCGGGACAGGGUGCGUCCGGUUCAGGAGCCAGUGGCAUCGGAGGAGCGUCCAACGCGGCUGGAGCAUCUCUCGGCUACGGAAAGGUGGCGACACCGUCGACGCUAGCUGCACCCGGCACACCACCAAUUCGCCGGCAGUCCUCGGGCCGAGGAUUGGACGCACUCGUGCCACCACCACGCCAGGGUUCGUUCCGCGGUCGCAGCUCACCGAUCAACCCGAACCCACCGGACAAACCGUCGUUUUCCGUGUGGAAGCGGCGCCCAUCCUGGCCCGAGGUGGAAAUUAAGUCCUCUUCCGGCGUGCAGGAGAACGAUGGUUCCUACUUCGAAAGCUUCACUGCCCUGUCGUGGAAGAACGAGAACAGGCGCAUGUCGGCGGUUCGGGCGGUGGAAACGCGGGCCGAGAUCCUGCCCGAAAAUGACACCGAUCGCCUGCUGGAGGACGACAUCGAGCGGUCCGAGCAGAAGGAGCACCUCUAUCUGGACGUGCUGUACGCGAUUGCCAACACCGUCGGAGCGCCGGCACCUGGCGGACAGUUUGCGCACUACAAAGAAGAGAUGUACCUUCAGGCGCAGCGCGUGUUCAGCGUGUCUGCCGACCGGCACUACCGGCUGCUGCACGCCGCCACCGAAGAGAAGCCCAAAAUCAUCGUGCUCACCGUAAUCGUGCAGGAAGCGGAAGGACUCGAGGCGAAGGACGCCAACGGUUUCAGUGACCCAUAUUGUAUGCUGGGAAUACAACCGUCCGGAACACCGCCUCCACCAUCACCCCAGCCACCGAUGACUCCGCGGACACUCUCCGACACCGGUAUGGACAGCCUGGACUCGCCCGAGCACGGAAAAUUGCGCAAACAUCACAGCUUCCGGUUGAGUUUCAAGCGCAAGGAAGGUCGCCAACAGCGAGACUCGGUCGGUCCGGUUCCAGCCAAAUUCAUUCGAGCCACCUCGGUCAAACCGCACACCCUGUGUCCGAAAUGGAACGAAAAAUUCAAAUUUGACAUCGAUGACAUACACUCGGAUCAGCUGCACCUGGACAUUUGGGACCACGACGACGAGAGCAGUGUGCUAGAUGCUGUAUCGCGACUGAACGAAGUGAGAGGCGUUAGGGGUUUAGGUAGAUUUUUCAAACAGGUAUGCCAAUCGGCACGGCAAGGCUCCCAGGACGACUUCCUCGGUUGUAUCAAUAUUCCAGUCUGUGAUAUUCCUUCAACUGGCAUGGAGGGUUGGUUCAAGCUGGAGGCGCGCAGCUCGCGAAGCUCCGUGCAAGGCCGCAUCCGUCUGAAGCUGUGGCUGUCGACACGUGAGGAUCGCGGCACGUCCGAGGAGGACAACACGCUGGAGGUAAAAAAGUUCGAACGGCUGCAGACAAUCUUCAUGAUGCACGAGCUGAACGUGUACGAGCCGGCGUGGAAGUGGAACGGCGAACUAGCCGGACCGUCGCUGACCAUUCUGCACCAGAUGGCUGUGCAAAGUGAUCUCUCGGAUCUACAGAUUUCCUUAGCGAAACUGGUAGCGAUCAUCCGAAUCAACCGCAAAAAGCCACUCGACACGAAGUUUAUCCACCGGCAGCUGAUCGAGGUGGACAAGCUGUGGAUCAACAACUACAACAACGAACCGCUGACGCGGGAGCUCGAACAAUGGCUGGCGGAUUCGCUGAACGGGUUCGUCGAGCGAUCGCUCUGCCAGAUGCGCCGACAUCGGGAGAUCUUUCCGGCACUGCAUCCCCCAUCGCUGGUUCGAUUGGAGUAUCUGCUGCGGUGUCUCGGUUUGCUCGGUUCGAUGCGAGCCUUCCGGCAGGUUAGCCCUUUUAGCAAAGGUGUACGGGGUGAGAUCGUGGGAGCGUUGCGUAAGGGCUCGAUCACUUGGUCCCAGGCGCAGCUGCGCGAGUCUCAGCGAUCACCGAACCCGCUCGUGCAUUAUACGACGAUUUUGAUCGCGGAUUUGCAGCUCGGCAUCACGUACUAUCAUGGGCUGUUCGAUACGACCAACGGCAUUCAGUAUUUUAGCAUCGUGUAUAAGCAGUUUGAUUCUUUGCUCGGUGAGGAAGUGACCAACCGGAUCGAGUGCGGCCAGCUGCCAGGGACGAUAGUGAAUCAUUGGACGAUUCUCGAUCACGAUCGCGAACCCGAUACGGCUCCUUUUGAGAUCUAUUUCGCGCUGCAGGAGUUCCACAACAUGAAGUCACAUCUCUCGGCUACGCCACAACCACCGGAAAAACCGCUCGGGUUGCAGAAUUUCCACGAAUGGUUCGAACCCGCCGUGCAGCGCUGGAUAUCGGUCAGCAAAACCAAAGCCAUCCAACGUAUCAAGGCGGCCGUUAGUGUCGAUCAGGUGUGCGAAGGUGAACGUAUCGUGCGGCAUAGCACUUCGUCCAUCGAUACGGCGUCGUGUUUCUACCAGAUCCGUGAGUUUUGGAAGAACCUAGCCUGGCCGGAUCACGCUUCCGCUGCGCAUUAUGAGACGCUCAUCAUCGAUCUGGUUUGUACGACCUCGAACGUGUACUCGGACCUGAUCCAUCAGGGUCUGGCGGAUGCUGGCAGUGGGUAUUACGAGAAGCAGACCCAACAGCAGCCCCGUACGACCGACGAGCUGUGUGUGAUCGUCAACAACCUCGAGUACGUGCGUCGUGGACUGGCGGAGUUCCAUCCCGAGACGCACCAAUUGCCGGAAAAUGCAGAAACCCUACUCGACAACACGAUCGCACAGCUUGAGGCGAAAGCGGACCGUGUCCUGACGAAGCUAACCGCAUCCAUGCAGGGUCCGCUGCAGAAGUCCGUGUUUCAUCUCGCUUGGUCACCGGAUUCGUUGCCCGCAAAUCAAGCCGUCAUGCCCCUGCUCGAGUAUCUCGAUUCGCACCUGGCCACGCUGAAUGUGACGCUGUUGUCGCAAAACUUCUACCGCGCCAUGACACUCAUUUGGAACAGCGUGCUGACGGAGUUUGCAAAGCAGAUGGAUGCAGGCGGCGAGGGUGAAAAACCGACCAACUUCCACGAUCGCAUGUACGGCGCACUGCAGCUGUUGGGCGAGUUCUUUAACGCCGAAGGACUUGGGUUGCCACCGGAAAUACUGCACAGUGACACCUUCUGGCGGGUGGAGCAACGGUUGCAGUACCACAAAACCGACACCGAUCACCUGAUCGAUCUGUUCUACAUGCAGCGGCUGCAGGAGCAGCUUAACACGAUCGGGCAGACCUCGCUGGGAUCGCUGUCGGUGAAGGCGUACCUUAACCAUGACUCGUUGUGCGUUGAAAUUCUGCACGCCAAGGAUGUGAUCCCGUUGGAUCCGAAUGGUUUCAGUGAUCCUUUCGUGAUCAUCGAGCUGCUACCCAGACGCGUGUUUUCGCAUUGCUCCGAGCAGCAGACGAACGUGCACAAGAAAACGCUCAACCCAGUCUUCGACGAAUGUUUCGAGUUUUCCGUCUCCCAAGAACAGUGCCAGGCGGAAGCGGCCAUGAUUGUGUUCACCGUGAUGGAUCACGACGUGCUGACGGCGAACGACUUCGCUGGCGAGGCGUUCCUGGCACUGAACAACAUCCCGGGGGUGGCCACCAAUUUUAACAUCGAUAAUUUCAAUGGAUUGGCUCAGAUCGAUUUGCCACUGCUUGAAAUGAAAGACAAAAAUCAUCCGAUUCUGCAAAUUCUUGAAGGACGAGUCAAUGAUAAGAAUUCGAUGGACUUUUUACGCAAGCAAAAGGCUCGUGUUGUUGGUUAAGGUAUCCGGUAGCUCAAACCCC